AUGUCUGCUCCAGGCUCUACCAACCUCGACUUCAGUGACGAGAGUCCUUUCCUCGAUUUCGAUCCCGAAGCCGACUUCGGCGAUGAGAGUUUUGACUUUGAUGAGAAUGCUCGCAUGAUUGGGGAUAUCCCUGGCGAGCUUCACGAUAAGAGGAAAAGCAUUGACGGCAAAGAGGACGAUGACGAAGGAGGAGGGAAAAGACGUGAGGGUGAAGACAAAACUGCCAAGAAGCCUGGCAGAAAGCCUUUGACCUCUGAACCCACCUCUAAGCGCAAGGCUCAGAACCGAGCAGCCCAGCGUGCCUUCCGCGAGCGGAAGGAAAAGCAUCUGAAAGAUCUCGAGACGAAGGUUGAGGAUCUCGAAAAGGCCUCCGAGUCCGCCAAUCACGAGAACGGUCUCUUGCGAGCUCAGGUAGAACGUCUCCAAGUUGAACUGAAAGAAUAUCGAAAGCGCCUCUCAUGGAUCAGUAGUAAUGGCUUGAACCGCUCGCAACCGGUUGUAACUCAAGGACGAAACAAUUCUGGCGUUAACACUCAAAACGAUUUCAAAUUUGAGUUCCCGAAAUUUGGCGAUCUGCCUCCUAUGCCUGGGACAAAUCUGUUUGGUUCGAAUUCGCAGAAAGCGCCAACCACAGCCUCCAGUCGAGCAUCUUCAGUCGCAACGCCUAGCUCGACCCAGGCAAAUGGCAAUGCCAACAACCGUGGGUCGCCCUCGACUUCACAGAACCAGCCUGCUAGAUUUGGAUCCCUCAGCCAGUCCCCAUUGAGUAAUGGGUAUUCAGCUUCCCCUCAGCCUCAACCAGCGCCAAAAGAGCACCAUGGAAGCGUUGAUAGCCUGUCAAGUCUGUUCAGUCCUUCAAUCCUCGAGGCAAGCCGACAUGCCUCAGCGAACGGAUACUUCCUUCAGAAUAAUUACAAUACAACCAAUUACAAUGGCCAAGGCAAUGCCUCUGGUUUAUACUCCAAUUCGAGCAUGUCCGCCCACGAUUCCCCCAGCUCGUCAACGGAGUCUCAAAAUCACAGUUCCUCGAUCGGUACAUCCCCAGAACCCAGCCUCAACUCUCCGGUACAUAAGAUCACUGACAUCGGCCUCAACCCUAUCCAUGAAGAAAAUCCGUACUCAUUUGGAGGUAAGGACCUCUGCCAACAACUCCAACUGGCCUGUGGCUGCGUGGACGACCCUGUACCUCCCAUAUUGAACAUGUCUAACGGAGUAUCUUCAGGCUUGAGCCAAAAUGCACACAGCUUGGAUGGCAAUGGGUUUGAUUUCAUGGCUCAGUCAAAUCAUACCUCAUUUGAUCCGGUCUUGUUCGGGGACUACCGUGAGACUCAAGACAACAUUCUGUCGCAAGACUUUGGGGCCUUCUUCAACGAUGCCUAUCCGUUGCCAGAUCUGGGCAGCCCAUUUCACAACUACACCGAUCUCACGCCGGAUCAGUCUUAUAAUAAGCAGAACGACCUCAUGAAAAUGGUCGAAGCAGCUAAGAACGAAGAAGUCGUGCCAGACAACGACAAACCCAUGACUUGUAACAAGAUAUGGGAUCGUCUCCAAUCAAUGGAGAAAUUCCGGAAUGGCGAAAUCGAUAUUGACAAUUUGUGUAGCGAGCUACGGUCGAAGGCCAAAUGCUCUGAAGGGGGCGCUGUGGUGGAUAAGAAGGAUGUUGACAAGAUUCUGGGUACGGCAUGA